GUGGUUCCCCGUAACCAAAUGAAAUUACCAUAUAAAGAAACUAGAAACGAAAAGAGAUCAAGAGUUGCGUUGCUGUUAGGGAAAUCUGUUCUUGUCAUUUUCUACCCUUAACUACUGGAUGAGUAAUGUUGGUAGCUGCGUUGCAUGUGGACUAUCGACUGUCGAGUACUGUUGGUAAAUCCCGUUUGGUUUGUAGAAAUGGCCAUUCCUACGGUUGACACGCCACCGCUAUUACACACCGUCGAUGGUGCCGUUGACUUCAAAGGCCGUCCGGUCCUCCGAUAUGAUUCCGGGCGCUGGAGAUCCGCAUCUUUCAUCAUAGGUGUGGAGGUAGCGGAGAGGUUCGCAUAUUAUGGGAUAAGCUGCAACCUGAUAACCUAUUUGACGGGACCGCUGGGGCAGUCCACGGCCACUGCCGCAGAGAACGUGAACGCCUGGUCUGGAACGUCGCAGCUGUUGCCUUUAUUGGGCGCAGUUGUGGCCGAUUCUUUUCUGGGGCGCUACCGCACUAUUGUCCUUGCUUCUCUCAUCUACAUCUUGGGACUAGGCUUGUUGUCUGUGUCGGCUAUGCUUUCUUCUACAAGCACUUCUGACUAUGUACGCACCAAAACUACAUUGGAGUCUUCGCAUGAGCUCCAAACAAUUCUUUUUUUCUUCUCUCUGUAUCUAGUAGCAAUUGGGCAAGGUGGGCACAAGCCUUGUGUUCAGGCUUUUGGAGCAGAUCAGUUUGAUGGACAAGAUCCAGAGGAGUGCAAAUCCAAAAGCUCAUUCUUCAAUUGGUGGUACUUUGGUGUAUGUGGGGCUGCUUCUGUAACAGUUUUGGUCUUGAGCUAUAUACAAGACAAUCUUAGUUGGAGUUUGGGUUUUGGAAUCCCUUGUAUUGUGAUGGUGGUUGCACUGGGUAUUUUCUUGCUUGGUACCAGGACUUAUCGGUAUAGUGUUAAAGGGCACGAAAAAAGCCCAUUUUUGAGGAUUGGUCGUGUGUUUGUAAAUGCAGUUAGAAAUUGGCGGACUUCCCCUUUGGCAAUAGCUAUUGAAGAGGAAGCUCUUGGAAUUCUGCCUCAUCGUAGCUCUGGAGAAUGCAGGUUCCUCAACAAAGCCCUUCUGUCUCCACAUGGUUCAAAUGAAGAAGGUGAGGUUUGUACUUACAGUGAGGUUGAAGAAGCAAAGGCAAUUCUUAGGAUCGCUCCAAUAUGGGUUACAAGCUUGGGAUAUGCCAUUGUUUUUGCUCAGAUCUCAACUUUCUUUACCAAGCAAGGGGCUACCAUGGACAGAACAAUUUUCCCUGGCUUUGAGAUACCGGCCGCUUCACUACAGUGUUUUGUCGGGCUGUCCAUUAUUAUUUUGAUUCCCAUAUAUGACCGCAUCUUUGUUCCUAUAGCAAGAGCGUUCACCGGGAAACCUGCCGGCAUCACAAUGUUACAGAGAAUUGGAACUGGGAUGAUUUUCUCUAUCAUUUGCAUGGUAGUUGCUGCUCUAGUUGAAAAGAAGAGGCUAAAAACUGCCCAAGAAUACGGGCAGGUUAACAUGCCUGAUGCUACUGCUCCAAUGAGUGUGUGGUGGUUGGUUCCUCAGUAUGUACUGUCUGGAACUGCUGAUGUUUUCACCAUUGUUGGUCUGCAAGAGUUCUUCUACGACCAGGUCCCAAUGGAAAUAAGGAGUGUGGGUCUCGGCCUCUACCUCAGUAUUUUAGGCGUGGGGAGCUUUUUGAGCAGCUUUCUUGUCUCUGUAAUCGACGAAGCAACCGGUGGGGAUGGACAGGAUAGUUGGUUUGCUGAUAAUCUUAAUCGGGCACAUCUUGAUUACUUUUAUUGGCUACUGGCAGGAAUCGAUGGGGCUGCACUGGCUGCCUUCUUGUAUUUUGCAAGAUCUUACAUUUAUAAUAGGCGAACAACGAUUUAGAUACCUUCAUUAUACUUUCAUUUCAAUUGGUUGCGAGUGGUCAGCAAAUAUGUAAUGUAGGUGGAGAGUAAUAUGCAGGGAAAAAAAAUGCAGUGUUAGCGUAUUAUCUCAUUAUUGAUGCAGCAUAUAUAUGGGAUGGGAGACUUGUACUGAACCAUUAGCCAAGUAUGCGCAUCUGUAAAUGAAGCUAAGACGACACUAGUGCAGCAAAAGAUUACAUCAAUGACAAGAAAAACAACUGCUUAAAUCACAA